AUGAGUUCCAUGUUCAAGAAAAAGGGCGCGCCCGCCUUCAAACCUAAGAUUCCGUCAGCCAGAGCACGACCAGCCGCACCCGCGCCGGCACCUGCCCCAGUUGUGAAGCCCGUUGAGCCGCCCGUAUCGAUUGACGAGGUCGUCGAGGAAUUGCCUGUCGAGGCUCCAGAACUUCAACGACCGUCGGACUCGGUCUUAGAGCCCCAACCCGCCGACCGUUUCACCGCACCCGAGCCUUCACAACCAAAGCCGCGUCGCCGGUCAAGCGCGGCGUCCACAUCCAAACCCAUACAAGAUGCGGCAACGUACAAGCAAUUAGCCGAGGCUGCUAGAAGCAACAUCGAGGCCAUUUCCGAGGACACCCCCGUAGAAAGUCCUGUCACGGUUGCGAAGGAAGUCGACAGCGCGCCAGCCACGAGGCGUCAGACCCGACAAAGACGAGCCUCACAAGCCGCACAAACGCAGCCUCCAGCUGAGAUACGGCAACUGGAAACGCCGCCAUCGACAGAACAACAGGUUUCUACAUCCGCAUCAGAAUCACAGCCAGAGGCGCAAGCCGAGGCCCCGGCCGUCGCCGCGCCGAAGGCCACGAGGUCAAGGCGCCGAGCAGCCGUGACCGCCGAGGCGGCUGCCGAAGAUAGCGAGGCAACCACUGCGCGACCAAGGAAGCGAACAAGAAAGGCCGCCGUCAUCGAAGGUGAAGCAGCCCCCGUCGCUGCGAAGCCUAGGAAAAGGAGUACGGCGGCCGCGGCCGCUGACAAGGCUCCCGCCCGAGCGAGACGAGCACGAUCCACUACACCCGACGACUCUGAGAACAAAAUGGUCGAUCUGCAGACGCUCAAGAUGUCGGACCUCACGCGCGACCUGCACAUUGGCAAGAAGUUCAGCCGUCACGACGAGCUCCGCGAGCGCGAGCGCCAGGCACGUGUGCAAGCCAAGCUCAGUAAGGAAGGCUUGACUCUCAAUGGAGACGGCUCGCGCUCCGGAACACCCCUCGACGAGCAGGUGGAGCGCAUCAAGGCCGGCACGCCCGGCUCCUCGACGCCGGGCGCAAACGGCGAGGCCGCGGCAGCCCCCAGCGGCAGCGGCGGCGGCGGCGGCGGCGGACCCGCCCCGGCCGGCCCGCAGUUCCGCAUCGUCGACGGUCAGAUCGUCGUCGACCAGAGCUCCCUCAUCAUGGACCGGCACGCGCGCGCCGCCGCCGCGCACGCCGGCGAGGACAUGGAGACCAUCGAGGAGAACGACUUCACGCGUCUCAUCACCAGCUCCUCCUUCAUGACCACCUCGAAGCUGCGCGGCCCCAACCUGUGGACUGACGCCGAGACGGAGCUCUUCUACCGCGGCCUCGCCAUGUUCGGCACCGAGUUCCAGAUGAUCUCGCACAUGUUCCCAGGCAAGCAGCGGCGCCACGUCAAGCUCAAGUUCAACCGCGAGGAGCGCCGCGACCCGGCGCGCGUCGACGCCGCGCUCGUCGGCGAGAAGACGACCCGCAUGGACCUGGACGAGUAUCGCGCGCUGACGGGCGCCCGCUUCGAGCCCGUCGAGGACAUCAUGGCAGAGCACCGCCGCGUCGAGGAGGGCUACGAGGCGGAGCGCAAGCGCGUCGCGGACGAGCAGGCCGAGAUCAUGCGCAAGAAGCGCGAGGAGCUCUUCGCCGAGGACGACGAGGCGGACGCCAAGAAGAAGAAGAAGGGCAGGGGCGGGAAGAAGGGCAAGCAGGCGGUCCAGUACGGCCUCAAUGGCGAGCCCAUUGUCAACGAAGGGUAA